CAUAAGAGUACACAUUGUGUAUUGUCAGAUGCAAGUGUGAACAUUUUGUGAAUUUCAGUUGAAGAUCUAAUAACGAAAAAGAAGAGAAGGAAAAGGAAAAGGAAGAAGAAGAAGAACUAGAAACAAGAAAUGAUGACGAAGCAAAAAGAAGAAUCGACGUUAGCGACAAACCGUUCUUUUGUUUCGACAAAAGCUGAACACACUGUCAAGGAAGUUGAUCCCUGUAUGAGUUUUACUUCGGUUUAUGACGAAGAUAUCGAGGCCCUACCAUCAUGCAGCUCGAGCGUGUUCACAUUUUUCGCGCAAAGUGGAUUUUCAUCCUUGUUGCCAUUUCUUUCGAUCGUGCUUUUUAAAAAGGGUUUCGCUUGGUCGCAAAUUGGAACAAUAAACUCAAUAACAUAUGUCACAUCGAGUUUGUUUGGGUCGCUUUGGUCUUACGUUACACGAAAAUAUAAUGACAGAAAAGAAAUAAUGCUUAUAUCAAUUGCAGCAUGGCUAAUGUUUAUGUUUCCUUUGUUUUUUUUCGAAUUUUACGAAACACAAUACGCUUGUCAAUCAUCCAAUGCAACUGAUCAAGAGAAAUUGAAAAUUGCCGAAGAAGAUAAUACAAGAAAAAUGGAUGAUAAAUUAUUCUCCGCUUGGAGUGUGAUGGAUUAUCCAUUUCUUCUAGUAAUCACUUUUUUUGUUUCCGGCAGAAUAUUUCAAUCUGCUACGGAUUAUUACAACUUUGAUAGUAGCAACGAUCUGUUGUUGCGAAUGGAUGACGUAAAGUCGAUAAAAGAAUCUAGAUUUAAUAGCUUUUGGAUAAACAGUGCGAGUUCCAGUAUCGCUAUUUUCAUUGGUUGUGUUUUGGAUUCAGUGGACCACUGCAAUGAGUCUUUUGGAUACUUCCAGUCUUCAUUUUGCGCAUAUACUUUCUUCUUGUCAAUUGGAUUGUUGACUUUAUUUUUUACUGAUGUGGCGCCCUAUACAUCAAUAAGCUCAUCAGAUAAUUCGCCGAAGCAUAAAAGAAAUUCCAAAGUCCAUUCAAAAUGGACUGUUCAAAAAGGGGUAAUAAGCUGCUGUGUAAUUAUUGUUGGGGCAUCAAGAGGCGUACAUUACACAUUCCUGUACCUGCAGAUGCAUUCAGUGAAUGCAGUAUACCUACAAAUUGGUGUUGCAUAUAUGGUUCACAAAACGUCAGAAGCAUUGGGACAUUCCCUGAGAAGCAAAAUUUUAUCAAGAAUAGGCAUGGUUGAAGUUUUAAUAAUAAUUUUAUGUUCCGAGGCUAUACGCAACUUUUUAUACAGUUAUAUAUCUUCAUCUACACUAGCCUGGAUUGUUAUUCCCAUGGAAACUUUGACAGGCUUUUCUGUUUUAUUACCAGCUGUUGUUUCGCUGCAAAAGUUAUUAGAAGUUAAAACUAAAACCAACCAGAAUGCGCAUAAACAUUUUUACGUACUUUAUUGGUGCAUCGGGUUUUCAUUUGGACCGAUUAUAUUCGGCUUCUCCAGUGAUGUUUGGACGAGUGAACAUGUUUUUCAAUCUUUAUCGGUAAUCAAUUUAACAUUAAGCACUACGCUAGCUGUCACGGUAUUUUUAUCUCGCAAAACCAUAUUAACUUCACCUGAAGACAGCGAUGACGAAGAGUCCAGCGAUGACGACGGGAAUAUCUCCUCCUCGGAGUUUUUAAAACCGGAGGCAAUUGAAGACGGGAAGUUCUUCAUAACCGAUGCAAGAAGGUGUGAGGAGAAAUAAACAAAAAAUAAAGAAGACAAAAGUUAGAAAAUGAAAUAUUUUUACACGUUCUUUAAAAUAAACUGUAUAAAACAAAUGCACAAAAAAUGAUACUACUGUGGCAACAAUAAAUAGCCAUUUUUGGAUACAGUUUACAUCUACUUGUGGACUUCUAACAUGAAAAAAAAAACAUACACCUAUGAUUACAAAGGAAGACAUUUUUUGACUUUAUUUUUGCAUUCGCACGGUUAAAAAGACAGUAACAUACGAAUGAAAAAAGACAUUAAAAUCAUGUCAUUCAUAAAGAGGUUAACAAUUACCGGCUAUCUGUUCAUAUAUACUUGAGAUUAAUAAGCCCUGCGUCUUUAUCAUUUGUAAUUGCGCAUUACCAAAUAAUGCUAAGAAAUUCUAAUAAGCUACUUGUUAGGAACAACAUAGACUGUAUAUGCUUUCUGUUGAUCGACCUUUUGUUGGUAAGUUAGUUAAUACAGUAAAUAAAAAAUAUGUGCACAUAUGAAAAAAAUUAUAUAUAAAUAAAAAAGAAAAAUAAAGGUUCUAGUUGAAAAAAAAACCCUGUAAAGCUAUCUUCU